CUUGAAGCUCUAAGUGAACUGCUCUUCUCAACAACCAACAUUGAACGAUGGCCUCAAACAGGAAGUAUGCAGCGUUGCCAGAUCUGGACUCUGCACCAGAUAUAUAUGAGACACCAGAGUUGACCGACGACAAUUCUACAGCUCCAACUGGCAGAGCUCGUUCUGAAUCGACCACCUCAUCGUACAAGGAUUUCGACGAAGAUGACGAGGAGUCUGGCAUUUCCCGUGAGAGGUUGCAACCUGAUGAAGCUCGCUCACAUUUCUUGCCUGCCCAAGUAGAUGCUCGAGAUGUGGACUUUUCGGAUCGAGUGAAUGCGAAGAGGAAAUCAUACAAGACCUCGACGAGGAGACAGCGGAGACGAGAAGAUGGUACAGAAGAAUACGGGGAUUUCAGUGACGAGGAGGAUGGAGAAAGUCUUGGAAGGAAGCUUGCUAGGUUAAGGAGGGAAAUUGAAGAAGUGAAGGAGGAAUACGGAAAGAGACAAGCCGAGAACAAGAGUGUCGCUGGAAAAGACGGCGAAGACCUCGGGGUAGAUGUCACAACGUUGAGUAGGAUGCUCGAUGGAAUCUCGACCAGCCAAGGCUCAGCACCAGUCAGUGUGGCCGCAAAGUUUGCCAAAGACCUAGGAACCGGUAUAAAGGCCAACGGACCUCCACAAACAUCGCAAGGGAAAAGUGAUCCAACUACAUAUACAGUUACAUAUGCACCAACAUACCAACAGAGCCAUGCUCUGGCCAAAGCUGCGGAUUUCGACACUCGUUUGGCUCUGCUCGAGAGAGCUUUAGGGCUCGGGCCCACCGACCUCCCUACGAGUGCAACUCCCAGAGCCAUUCUUCCAAGUCUCGAGACAUUACAGCGGCAGAUAUCAUUGAUCACCGAAUCCUCUCCCUCCUCGUUAGACAGCAUUAGCAGAAGAGUUCGUACCCUUACACAAGAAGCUGAAAAGCUCGAAGAGUCACGAAAAGCAGCAAAGGCAGCCCAAGAUGCCCUGAGAGCUGCGGGUGGCGAUAACAUUGCAGAGGAAGGUGAAGAUUCGGAGCAAGUGGCCAAAAUCAAUGCCUUGUACGGGACUCUGGCCACCAUCGAGAACUUAGCACCACUUCUUCCACCGCUAUUAGAUAGACUACGGUCAUUACGGGCAAUCCAUGCAGAUGCUGCUGUUGCUAGUGAGGGUUUGACCAAGGUCGAAGAACGGCAAACACAGAUGGCUGAAGACAUUAAAAAGUGGAGAGAAGGUCUUGAAAAAGUCGAAGCAGCUAUGAAGCAAGGCGAAACAGUCAUGAGUGGUAACAUGAAAACAGUCGAAGGCUGGGUCAAGGAAUUGGAGGAGAAGAUGCAGAAAAUUUGAAGGAAUGAAAUGUCAAUAUUACUGUCAUCAGUCUAAUAGAUACCCAUAUGGAAG